GUCGAGGAGCUGCGCGCGUCCCGGCGGCGCGGGGCCGCGGCGCUGAGGGAGGAGCGCGGGCGGUCCGCGCGGCUGGAGGCCGCCAUGGCGCGGCUGAGGGAGGAGCUGGCGAGGGCGAUGGAGGCGGAGGAGACCCGGGUCCCUGACGCAGCACGCCUCGAUCGGCGGAUAUCGCAAAGCAACAGGUUUAUUCUGUCGAUGAUGAUUGAAAAGUCGCGCGAAGCGUACCAGAGUGAACUUUUCGACGCUCCUGCCAACAACACGGUGGAGCCCGUGAUGGCGUCGUUUGAGGGAUCCGCGAUGCACGGCGACGGCGGUUCGCAGAAGCAUGCGGUGAAUUCGCUUGCCGACCUCGUCAUGGGCAACAUGAACAGGACCCCGCAGCUCGGCAAUCUGAAGGAGGGCGACCGUGUCUUCUUCGGCUGGGUCCUGAAGAGGUGGUUGAUGGAGUGCGAGGAGACGAGGAAGCGCAAGAAAGAGGACGAAGAGAAGAGGCGACUGCAGGCCCUCGAGGACGAGCGCAAGCGCCAGGAGGCCGAGCUGAUUCGGAACGCGAAGCGACCUCUGGAGGGAAAGAUCUACGAUCUGGAGGAGAAGCUCGCCCUCGCGCACCAGACCAUCGCUGAGCAGCAGGAGAUCAUAGACAACAGCGACGGGGCUUUGGCGAGGGCCCUCGCGGACUACGCGGAGCGCGAGAAGCGACUGCAGGCCGAGGGGGAGACCAUGCGCGGCGAGCUCGCGCGGCUGCGCUGCCGCCUGUCGGAGUCCGAGGCCACGGCAUCGAAGUACCUGCUGGAGCUGCAGGAGGCACAGCACAAGCUGGCCAACAAGGACAAGCUCUCCCAAGAGGAGAUUGGCCGGCUCAAGGGUCGGAUCAAGAUGCUGACGGGGGAGCUGGACCAGGCCGUGAUCCUCGCCAGGCACAUGCGGGAGACGGCGCUGAAAGCCAAGCGAGACAUGGCGCUGAGCGUAUCCCCUGAGAAGUUCAGCCAGCUUGUUGGGCUCCUGGAGGACACAAAGGACCGGAUGGCGCAGAUGGGUCUCGAGCUCGACGGCCAUAGGGAAGAGUCGGCGUCACUGAAGUCGAAGCUGUUGCGCAACCAGCGACGCCUGGAGCUCGAGAGGCAAUUUCUGCCGCUGCUCCACCGCGCCAGCGGCCCUCUGGGGCCCAAGUCGCGUGGCGGCGGCAAGGUGGCGGAGAACGCCGCGCGCCCGACGCAGGCAAUGCUCGCCAGCGGCGAGCUCCCGCCGCCCGGCGCCGAGCAGGGCGCCACCCUGCGCGAGUCGCGCAGCGCCGGCUCGGUGCGCGCCGGGGCCGGGCCGCCGCGCUGCUGCGGUCCUCUGAGCGGGCCGCUCGGGGGCAGCCUGUAGGCCCGAGGCUGACGUGCGGGCGUCCUCGCCCUCGCCAACGUUCGCGUACCAAUGCUGCUACUCUUGCCUCCUUUUCGCUUGUGUGGGUCUCCUGGAAGCCCUCGUCCCCUCGACUGCACUCUAAUUGAUGAUGACGGUUAUGAAGAUGGUGUUGACUGUGUUCGGGGUGUUGCUGCCGGCGAUGCUGAUGUUGCCGACCAGUGACACAUGCCACACUUUGUUGCCGCAUAUUGGGGCCUUGUCCGACCAGGACGGCUCUGUAGCAGGCGUGUUUCACACUCUGAAGCUUGUUAUGGCUACCUCCAUGUUCGCCCUACUUGCAUGCCUUGUGCGUGCAUUUGUUUCACCCAUGUUCUUUCCGGACCUGUCUUUUCGAAGGCAGGCCGAUCCAUGAUCUACGAUCCGUGCCCCACGCACCAACAGCCGCA